AUGGGCACACCGUCAGAGAACCCACAGCGUGCCCCAUGGCGCGAUCUCCUUCAUUCUCAUCUCGAACAAACACCUGGGUACGAAUUCACAAUUGCAACAAUUGGCUACAAUGCCCAACAACGACCUGUACCUCGCCUGCGGACUUGUGGCUGUCGUGGUUUCUUCCCAGAACUCGAGCUUCACCCUCAGGGCCAGGAAGCCAUGGAUCAACAGGUGGAAGGCGGGGGUAAUCCGCCCGUAUUCGAAAGUGACAUGCUGACAUUUACCACCGAUGCUCGAAUGGACAAGCUUCCUCAACUGGAGUCCUCCGGUCAUGCGAUUGAGGCUGUGUUCUGGUUGAAAGAUCUCAUGACUCAAUGGCGCAUCAAGGGGACAGCAUAUGCAAUUGGCAACCCAAGUGGAGAAGAUGCAGAGGAAGAGAAGACAUCCCGAACUGAGAUAAGAAAAGCAUUGAGGGUUAAGGGGGAUAAUGACGGUGACAUUGCAAAAUGGACAUGGGAGAAGGCUGUCACAAAGUACUUUGCGAACCACUCCCCUAUCGCAAGAGGUUCAUUCCGAAACCCUCCCCCUGGACAACCUAGGUCCUCAACUCCUAGCCAACCGGAUUUCAAAUUGGGUCAAAACGUGUCGGACCUCCAUGACCCUGUUGCACGGGCAAAUUUCCGAGUAGUCGUCAUUCAGCCCGAGGAGGUUGAGCGUUUAGACCUUACUGAUCAAGAGAACGGCAAAAGAUGGAAUUGGACGUUGAUUGAUGGAAGCAAUGGAUCUUGGAAUGAAACGGAGUUGUGGCCGUGA